GUGCUUGACGACAACCCUUCCGAGAGAGGCAGAGUGUGUGAGACAGAAAAAAGAAAAACAAACGCGGAACACUUUUACGAGCAACUGACUGCGGAACAUUGCUUUCACCUUUGUGGAUUCUUACACAUCCCUUCCUGCAUGUGUUUUCUCCACUUUGCGCUCCAGUGACAGUUUUACGCACCGCUCGGAGAGGACUUCAAGACACUCGGAAAGUGAAACAAAAGUGGAUUUUUCUUCCUUUUCUUUUGCAGCUCCCGCUCUGUCACAUCCCACACGGGCAUGACUGGUAUCUGGCGUCUAGACAGGUGAACAGCGUCCCUCCUUUCUCCUCUCCUUUUUUCCCGAUAAGAACUUUUGCUUUGCUUGGCGCUUGGGGAUAAAGCUUACUUUUGAGUCAUGUCAAAGCCGGCUGAUCACAUCAAGAGACCCAUGAACGCCUUCAUGGUUUGGUCGCGGGGUCAGAGGCGGAAAAUGGCCCAAGAGAACCCCAAAAUGCACAACUCUGAAAUCAGCAAACGCCUGGGCGCGGAGUGGAAGCUGCUAUCCGAGGCAGAGAAGAGACCGUACAUCGAUGAGGCCAAGCGGCUGCGAGCACAGCACAUGAAGGAGCACCCAGACUAUAAGUACAGACCGCGGCGUAAGCCCAAAAACCUGCUCAAGAAGGACCGCUACGUCUUUCCUUUACCCUAUCUGGGAGACACGGAGCACCUAAAGGGGCUGCCUGUGUCCGCCGCUGCAGACUCGCUCCUGGGCGCCUCGGAGAAAGCCCGCGCCUUCUUGCCGCCCACCUCUGCGCCCUACUCCUUUUUAGACCCAAGCCAGUUCAGCUCCAGUGCCAUCCAGAAGAUGACGGAGAUGCCGCACACGUUGAGCACCAGCACUUUGCCAUACGCGUCCUCCUUGGGAUACCAAAACGGCGCUUUUGGGACCCUAGGGUGUCCCAGCCAACACACCCACACCCAUCCUUCUCCCACCAACCCGGGCUACGUGGUGCCAUGUAACUGUACCGCCUGGUCUGCCUCAAGUUUACAGCCCCCGGUGGCCUACAUACUCUUUCCAGGUAUGACCAAGGCUGGGAUAGACCCGUACUCUUCCGCGCACGCCACUGCCAUGUAACCCCUUGUUUUUACUGACUUCCUAAUGCAUGUAAAUAGACCACAGACAAUGGCAUGGACUGUGGAAUCGCGUGGAGAAAUAGACAAAACUUUUGCAGCGAUCCACAAGUUCCCGCGUUGCGCAGCAGAGCGUCUCCUGCUUCGGUCCCUGCCUGUGAACUGUAAGAAAUGUAAAUGUUAUAACGUUUAUGGCAACCAGAAAAGGGAGGCCUUUAACUUUAUUUAUUGUGUACAUUUCAACGCUGAUAAUGCUGAUUUGUGUUAUGAAUAGGAUUUGGAACAAGAAUUGGCUUGCACAAAAGAGAGUCUUCUCACCUGUAUAGGCCUGACGCUAGCCUACAUUUGGCACUAUUUCUGAUCAGAAUCAGAACCUGUAGGCUGGAUUCUAUACGGGUUUUUAUUUCUAUAUUUAAUACCCCCAAAAUGCUACUAUUUAUGAAAAGACAGCACCUCAUCCCCUUUUUUGUUUACAUUUCUGUGAUUCAGUGCUAUAGCAGUCCCACGCGCCAUAUUUCUGUUUUUGAGGAUAACUUCUAUUUGAGGAUGUGUAUUUUCUAUCUAAGAUGGCAAUUUAAAAGCUGUCAUGUUAAAAAGCAAAAAUGUAUUUAGAAGGUUGAUACCUCUGGCUCUUUGUUCAGCUGCUGAGCGAAGACAUUUGGAAUAAAGACAAUCUUGUCUUCAACUCAA